GUAGUCUCCUCGCGCAUGCGCUUUUCGUCACUAGCCCGAACAACAAUGGCGUCUCCCUUCACCGUGCACAGGUUACAUAUGAGAGGGAGGCAUCGCCUUGUGAAUUGCCUUAACGGUGUCCAAAGAACCUUCCGAAGGAGUGCGGGAACAGAGCCGGGGGCCGUCCAGACUGAGGGAACUCUGGGAGAAGACAGCGGAGAAAAAGAUGGACCCAAGUCUUUUUACGAACUCAUGGCAGACAGACAAGAACAGGCCGAGAAAUCGGUUCUCAUCAGCUGCCAAUCCAGAACAAGCGAGAAAAAAUUUCUGAAUUUUUUAUCGAAGCAUGGAGACAUCAAGAAGCACUUCUUUUAUGAAAGUUAUGGUGUGUAUGCUGUUGUGGAGUUUGCCUGCCGGGACAAUGUUGUCUCUUUACUGGAGUCAGCUGCCAUUCCGAGUGUCAGCCAUGAAUCCAUGGUACCGUUUAAGUCCAGACUCCUGUCACUGAGAAAUCACAGCUCAGGGGAGUCACCGAGCCUCCCAUGCCAGCCUCAAACCACAGUUCCCAUCAACGAGCUCAUCCAGAGGCUGUCCAGGGAGCAGAGCGUAGAUGAGCAGAUAAGCUCCCUGACCGAAGCUUACCAGCUUACAGAGGAAAACAGCAGGCUGCGCUUCCUCGUCUGCUCUCUGCUCAAAGACAUCGCCGCCGCUUAUUUCCCAGAAUGCACCAUCAAACCGUUCGGCUCAUCGGUGAACGGCUUUGGGAAGCUCGGCUGUGACCUGGACAUGUUCCUCGAUCUGGACACCAUCAGUGGCAAGAAUCUAAAAACGCCAAAAUCGGGCCUUUCCCUUGAAUACCAGAUGAAGCGGACCAACUCGGAGCGUCACGUCACCCAAAGCAUCUUGUCCGUGAUCGGGGAAUGCGUGGACCACUUCGGGCCCGGCUGCGUGGGAGUGCAGAAGAUUCUGAACGCUCGCUGCCCCCUGGUCCGAUUCGCCCACCAGCCCUCUGGCUUUCAGUGUGACCUCACAGCCAACAACAGGGUGGCGAUGAAGAGCACUGAGCUGCUGUAUCUGUAUGGAGAGCUGGACCCCAGGGUGCGGAGCCUGGUUUUUACCAUCCGCUGCUGGGCGCGCACUCACGGCAUCACCAGCAGCAUUCCUGGGGCCUGGAUCAGCAACUUCUCCCUGACCGUCAUGGUGCUGUUCUUCCUGCAGAAGAGAAGCCCUCCCAUCAUCCCCACUCUGGACUGUCUGCGGGAUCUUGCAGGUCCCGCCGACGAGAGCGUGAUUGAGGGGAACGACUGCACGUUUGUCACAGACUUCAGCAAGAUUCUGCUCCAGAGCAACACAGACACACUGGAGCAACUGCUGACUGACUUCUUUGAGUUCUACGCCACGUUUCCAUUCAGCAGGAUGUCCAUAAACAUCAGAAAGGGAAAAGAGCAGAACAAGCCAGAGGUGGCGCCGCUGCACAUCCAGAACCCUUUUGAGACGUCUCUGAACGUCAGCAAGAACGUCAAUUCCUCCCAGUUAGACCGCUUUGUGGCUUUGUGUCAAGAGAGCGCGUGGCUGCUCCAACAGAGUGAGACCAGAACACCAACCGGUGUUGGUGGGAAACGCACUACCAAGCCGUGGGGCCUCGCCACCCUGCUCCUGCCUUCUCAGGUGGCUGGGGUCAAAGGUCGCAAGAAGCGAAAACCGCACCACGCCAGUGAGCGGAUUAAGAGCUUGCUGGAAUCUUUGAAGAGUAAAAACGAUGGACAGAAGAACUCGGACUCUUGAAGAUAUCUUCUCAUUUUAUCAGAACUUUACCCAAACAUCUGGAGAAGUAUUUAAUUCUUCAUGCCCAUCAGAAAUGGCAGGAAAACAGCAGAGGCAGCAACUUUAGAACCUGGACUGCAGUUCCUGACAUGGACACUUGUGGGUGUUCCUGCCCCUGUGUGUGACUAAGAGCUGAGCUGAAAUCUAGGAAUAUUAGCCGUGUACAUUACACUAGACCUCCUAAUUGGUUUUAAUAAAAAAAUAAUGCUGUGGACUCUGGACCUGUCCUGAGUGAAACCUGUUUA